UCCGCUUGUUGUCAUUGGCGUUCCAGCCAAACAAACAUGGCGGCACCCAUGGAGCUGCUGUGCUGGGGAGGCGACUGGGACUUGCCGUCUGUACACACGGAAUCUUUAAUUGUGCUGGCAUAUGCAAAAUUUGCUGGCGUCAACCUUACAGUCAAGCUAGUGGACUGGACAUGGAGGACUAUCACAGCCACAGUUCCACAACUGCACCAUGGGGGAUCUUCAGUAACAGAACCUACACAGAUUCUCAACUUUCUCAGGCAGAAUAGAUUCAAUGCAGAUUAUGAGCUGUCUGCUAAGCAGGGAGCUGACACCAUGGCCUACAUUGCUCUCCUGGAGGAGAAACUGAAGCCAGCUUUGCUCCAUACAUUUUGGGUGGACGCUGAGAACUACGCCAACCUGACAAGGCCUUGGUUUGCUUCUCACUCUCCGUUUCCUCUCAACUUCAUUGUACCAAGCCGCCAGGCCAGUGUGGCUCUGUCCAGGAUUCUCCUGACCAAAGCGGAAGCUCCACUACAUUCAGUCGCAGAGGUGGAAGGAAAGAUCUACAGUGAAGCCAAGGAGUGUCUGAAUUUGCUCUCUCACAGAUUGGGGUCCUCACACUUCUUCUUCGGAAACACGCCUACAAGUCUGGAUGCCUUUGUUUUUGGCUACCUUGCACCGCUCCAUAAAGCCAGUUUACCCAGUGUUCAGCUCCAGCAGCACCUAAAACAGCUUCACAAUCUCUGCCAGUUCUGCACUAACAUCAUCAAAAACUACUUUUCUGAAGCUGCCUCUGGCUCUCCUCCCACUAGCCAGGACGCAGUUGAUGCAAACCUCCAGAAACUGACGCAGCUUGUUAACAAAGAAUCCAACCUUAUUGAAAAGAUGGAUGAUAAUCUGCGCAGUAGCCCUCAACACAGACCCAGCCGACCCCAUAAAACUGAAGCCAAAUCUUCAUCUCUGGCAACUGAUAGGAACUUAUCCCCUGCCUGAUAAUCUCACCCACACAACACAGUGGUAUCGUUCCUUACCUUUUUAUUUAUGCGUAUAUUAUCCAAGAGAUAAUAAAAUGGGCAUGACUGCAGGAGGAGUCACAAGUUUUCUCACACACAGUAUAUUUACUUCGAUCAGCCAUAACAUUAAAACCACCUGCCAACUUUUGCCCUUGUGCCACCAAACAGCUCUGAGUCAUCGAGGAAUGGACUACACAAGACCUCUGAAUGUUUGUUGUGGUAUCUGGCCCCAAGUUUGCAGCAGAUCUUAACUAAGAUAAGUCCUGUAAGUUGUGAGGUGGGGCCCCUAUGGAUCAGACUAGUUUGUCAGAUUGAGAUCUGGGACAUUUGAAGGCCGUUUGAAGGCCAUAUUAACACCUUGAACUCUUUGUCAUGUUCCUCCAACCAUUAGCCUUUGUAUCCAUGAUCCUGUCACCGGUCCAGUGGUUGUCCUUCUUUAGACUACUUUUGGUAGGUACUAACCCCUGCAUAUCAAGUACACCUCACAAGACCACGUUAACCCAUUCGUCUAUCUCAGAUCAAUCAAAAGCCACUCAGAUCCAUACACUUGCCCAUUUUUCCUAUUUCCAACACGUCACCUUUAAAAACUGACCAUUCAUUUGCUGACAGGUGCUCUUUAAUGAGACAACAAAUAAACUAAUUCUUCACUUCACCUCUCAGUGCGUUUAAUGUUAUGGCUGAUCAGUGUUUCUUGAACAAACGUUUUUUGUUUUUUUUUGUGGUCAAACAAAUGUGGCCGUUAUUGAAAGCUCUGUUUUUCAUGUCUCAUACGGAUUUAUAUUAUUUUCAUAAUCUACAAGAUUGUAUUUACAUAUCAAACAGUAUAAAAAAAAUAUGCUUAUCCAAAUACUAAAGACAGCAAUUAAAUAUUCAUAGACUGUUGCCAUUCUGAACGACCUUCACCAUAGGGAAAUUAUAUUUUAUAACAUUCACUGUGUACACACACAACACGCGCACAAUCUCUAUCUGCAUCUCUCUCCAUUAGCAGUGUGUAAAAAUAGAGAUUCUUUUGGAGCUGUUAGUUCGUGCUGAACCUAAAUCAUGCUUCAUUUUGUUGAACAUCUCGAUUGUGUUUUCGUUUUCAAUUGUGGCGGUCGAUAUAUAUAUUAAGGUUUGGCUUAAACAGCUUGCACCACAUCGUUCAGUUAAUCAACAAGUCAGUGUGUGACAGUCGGAAGUCAUCAGUCAACACCAAGCUCAGUAGUAUAACUCAUUAUACCAUCUUCAUUCAGGUUAAUGUAUCGUUCUGCUUGGUCUCCUGAACAUGUAAAAAUAUAUGGAUCAUUCUGGGGAUUAUUUUUAUCCAUAACACUGUUUCUGUUUUCCGUACAUGUGCCUUUCCUUCUGUAUCCAAAUGUAAUUUCCUGACUAUGAACAUGCUUAACCUUAAAUGAAAAUAAUUUCACAUUGUAAGCAUGCCAGAAGUGCUCAGGAGAUGCGAUACACACGUUAUCGGAUCCUAAUAAUAUUUAGCUGCACUCACCUCACCACAUACAUGCCAGUGGCUUCAGUUUUUCCUUUUUUCACAAUGUUAGCACUUUAAAUGCCUUUGUAUGCUCAUGUACUAUACAAGUCUGCUAAUUCAUUGCUGAUUAAUGAAAUGGCGUGUCUUGAAUUCCUUUAGUUCUGAUGUAUUUUAAAGCAUCUCAGCUUCAUCGGUUAUGAAAAGAUUUGUCAGGGGAAUGUCAGGUGUUCAAACACAAAAAUGUAAUAAAAUAGUUUAUAGUAUUUUGCUGCUGUUCAGGGCAGCACUGAAAUGUCAGUAAUUGAAACUGCAUUGUCUGGAGAACAAAAUCCUUUUCUUUCACAGUGCUUUUCUUUGUGAACCAUUUUUUUCUAUUAUUUAUACAAAUGUCAUGAACUUCAUUUCCAUCCUGUGCUGUUCUAAUGGGCUGUCCAGCUCAAAAAGGACAGGAACCAGCAUCACUGUCAGUAAUAAACUAUCCGUGGCA